UUGAAUCGUAGUGUCUUCGGCUGUGUCUGUCUUCUUGAUGUUGAUUAGCUGAAGUUCUUGAAAUUGUGGUUGAGAGUCGAGCAUUUUUCCCUUGUUUGCAUCAGAGAGUGAGUGAAGCUAUGAAAGACAGAGGCAAAGCUGUGGAAGCGUACAAGGGAGGCGACGGCGACGGCGAUGGAUUCUUCGCCGGCGACAACUACUACUCGUCGUCCUCGGAGAACCCGUGCCGAAAACACCCCGGCGCCUCCUCUGUCGGGGUCUGCGCCCAGUGCCUUAAGGACCGCCUCGCGAGGCUCGUCUGCUCCGAGUGCGGCGAGCAACGCCUCUCCUCCUGCUCCUGCUCCUCCGACAUCUCCUCCAACCGCAACUCUUGCACCGUCGAGGUCGGCAGCGUCGGCCGCAUCUCCUUCUUGCUUGAGAGCGACAAAAGCGAGCUUUUGCUCUCGCGCCAGAUCAGUACGUCCUCGAAGCCCAGAGUCGGUGGUACAGAGUAUAGUAGCAGCAAAGCAGGGGAAGCUACGGUGUUCAAGAGGAGCAGUAGCAGUUGCGUGGAGAUGAAGAGGGGUCACGGGAUUUGGAGGAUCGGGAAGCUCUUCAGGAAGAAGAAGGAUCGCAAGAAGAGCGUCGAUAACGGGUUCGAUGCGAAAAGCGAGAUGUGGGUCGUUGAUCACCAAUUGGGCGUGUCCAGAUCGAGAUCCCUCAGCAGCUUCAGGGGAGGCAGGAACUGUUACGGCUCAGAGGAUGGGGGGGAUCACUGGACGUUUUCAGGGGCUAGGAGCUCCAUUUCAGGGGCUAGGACCUCUAGCGUCAACGGCGGUCUCCUUCUUGAUCCCGAGAGGAAGAGUUGCUUCAGCGAAGUGGAGUUCAGGAGGAGCGGGUUCAGCGAAUCGGAGACGAUCAGGAGGAGCUGCUUCAGCGAGGCGGAGCCUAGGAGGAGCGGGUUCAGCGAGGCCGAGCCUAGGAAGAGCGGCUUCGACGGCGGCGAGAGGAAGGAGAAUGGGUUGCCCCUCGAGCACCACGUCGCUCCUAGCUUGGACUCCACGGGCAAUAAACCCGCCACCAGGAGGAUUUUCUCUCUCAAGGAAGGCGACUUCAGCGCCGGGGAUGACACGGGGUUCAUCGACUUGAAGUUCUUCUCGACCGAGGCCAGGCAGGAUCCAAAGAUGGGCCCCCUAGGGAAUUCGAGAUCAGCUUUCGCGAGCAUAAGAGGAGGCGGCGGCGAGGGCAGCGGCAUCGCGCAGGGGGGCGAUUUCAGGAGCGGGUCGUGUCGGGUUACAGUGGGCGAGAAGGAGGUGAAGGUGAAGCAGGGCAGGAGGAGCUUCAUGGGGUGGAGGUGGGGUUUCAGGCAUCACCAGCACCCGAAUUGGAUGAUGGCAGCUAAGAAGAGAGACGAAGCCGUGCUGUGUAAAGAAUGAAAGGACGAGACAGGUUUCGAGGACAAUGCCGCGUCAAGUGAAGAUGGAUCGGAUCGGAUCCAUCUCUCUGGAAUACUAUGGUCCUUUCGGGUUAAAUUGGAGUUGAUGACUUCACUGCUUUUCCAUAUUUUUGCCAGUCCAGCUCUUGUAUCUGAUAUUUGUUUCGGUUUUAAGCGACAGCGUUGGAUCGUCAUCAUCGAAAGACGAAAUGAAAGACAAAUAGUAAGUAAGAACAAACAAUAACAGUCCUGGCUCUCUGUUCUCUCCUUUAUUCAAACGCACAGGAAUUGCUUGAUUGCGCUGUAGGCUGAACAAAGAGAUUGUGCUUAAACGGACAGCCAUGGAGGAAAUAAAAUCUGCUUCCCUCUGCUUU